UAUACUUACACAGAUAAUUGUAGCUGUAGGGAAUACUAAUUUUUGCAUCUAUAAAGUAAGCCGAAUUAUAUACAGGAAAAUGAUCUCUAAUAUCAUAAAAUAAUUUUUCAGAUUUUUGAAAGAGUAAGGUAGACAGGGUAAGAUUGAUUGAUUUGACAGGAGUUGAAGCUGAAAGAUGAAUGAAGAUCAAGAAUUACGCCAUCUUAUAGAUCAAAUACGAUAUACCAAUGGUAAUGGUGAUGUGUUGUUGGAUAUUGAGAAGUUAAAGUUAUUGGGGGAUGCAUUACGUGAUGAAGAAACGCGAUCCAAUCCGAUUAUAAAUGAAUCUAUACCGAUUUUGGUUGAUAUCUUUAUUGAAUUGUUUUCCAUUGAUAACUUGAUGUCUAAUUUCAGAGAGAAAGAAGAACUAUUGAGAGUUUUCAUUAAUGUUUUAGCAUUCAAUGACAAGAAUCGAUUGACCCUUAUUAAUAUCGAUAAACCAUCAUUUUGGGGACGUUUACAGAAUCAAAUUUGUGUGAUAGCUGAAGAACAAAAGGAAAUUACUUCAAGAGUGGUUUUACUCUUAUCUCAGUUUAUUUAUGAUACCGAUCAUCAAGAGUUAUUUGUCACGAAAUUAUAUGAGAGGCGACUUUAUCUGUCAUUAUUUCAAUAUUUUGAAUUACAAGAUUUAAAUGAUGUUGAAGGGUACGAAAGACUACUUGAUUUAUUUUACGAAUUAAUCAAUAAUCAUAGUCAUGUGAUUCAACGUGAUGAAAUGGCAUUAAAAGUACCGAAGUUUAUAACCUUUAUCGUUAAAUUACUUACCCAUUUCGACCAUACGAUUGAUGAAUCUGAACAUAUACUUGAAAAAUUAACUCAAAUCAUAUCGACAUUAACUUCAUUUGAAUUCAUAUAUGCUUUAGAUGAUACACCCGAAUUAUUCAGCACUAUAGUGGAUUACUUCAUCUCAUCAAAGAAUUAUAUACCGAAUGCUACUGUUAAAAGAAAUUGGGUUAAUAUUAUUUGUAAUUUCGUCUAUAUUAAACAAUAUUUUUAUCUAGAUGAAGAUUUAUCUUAUCUUAUCAAAUUGCUUAAGAAGAAUGAUGUGGAUCCUUAUGUGUUAUGUGGGAUUGCGGUAUUCAUAGGGAAUUACAUUCAUGAUAAAGAAACUUUACAAGCUGUUAAAACUAAACUUGAACAUGAAAUAACAUGGGAGAAGUUUGUUGAUAUUUAUUUCAACCAGAUUAAUAUUACCGAUGUAUUUUUGAUUCAAUCGAUUCAAGCGUUUUUAAAUAUCAUGGAUAAAUCAAUUGCCAAUAUCAUCUUACGAGAUGAUAACUUCGAUGGUUUAUUAAAGAAGUAUAAUAGAGUGAUCCUUGAUAAUAAAGAUUUUUAUCCUGAGAUCUUGACUCAAUAUCUUAAAUUCAUCUAUAAGUUGGUACGUCAUAAGUUCUUAUUGAACAAUGAUGAGGAUGAUGAUGAUCAAGGGUCUGAUAUUUUACAAUAUUAUGAAUUAUGGAGUUCAAUCAUUGAUAAAUGUGAUGAUGGUUUUCUUCAACUUUAUCUUCUUGAAGCUUUUAUAACUCAUUAUGAUCCUACGAAAGAGAUUGUCCAUUCUCAAUUCAUAUGUCAACUUUUGACUACUUCUGUAACCAAACUUGAACCUCAAGGUCAAGCUAAUCUCGAUUUGGUUAUUCAAAAAUUGAAAGCAUUAGGAAUAUUCAAUCAUAUUUUAUUAUCAAAAGAGAUUGGUCUUCAACAUAUCCUUGAUAAGUGGUUCAAUAAUGAUGUUGAUACCUUCAUCAGUAACUAUUUACAACCCUAUUACGAAUAUUUGAUUCAAUUAAACGAAUCAUUACAAUCAUCUACAUCCCAUCCAAGUCAUGAUUUAAUCAAGAAUAAUGCUAAAUUCAUAUCUGGUUCAAGCUUACCAUUAAUUAGAGAUUUCAUUACUGAUUCAACUUCUCCAUCUUCAUCACUAACGGUUCAAUUAGAUGAAAUUUGUCUAAUUUGUAAAACUAUCAUCGAUUUAUAAUAAAAAUACUAAUUAAAUAACACCAACACUCUAACCAAUAUAAACAUACACCCUAGAUAACAUACUACAACCUUGUAGGUUAUGAUAAUUAUAUUAUCCCCACCAUGUAAUUAUAAUCUCUAACUCUUACCGUUAACUGAAAUUUUUCUUAUAUACUUCCGCUAACGGUAAUUAACGGCUCCUUGUGAGGCUCAUAAAUUUUUUUUGGAAAAUUUUUCAAUUGCCGCAUUUUACCUUUUGGCAACCACAAUUAUGACCAAUUUACUAUAAAGUGGAGUUAUAAUCCUUUUAACCAGAGUCUAAACCACAACUUUAUCUGAU